GUUUAAACUCUAAUGUCGAGUCUUGUAUACUAAAAAUGCGCACAUUAAUACAGAAUCAGUAAUGUGAGAUUGGGGUCUACGAUGACCCAACAUAAGCUGACUUCCGUCCCAACGAGCCUGCGCGUCGUGCUCACUGCAAGCUUCCCAUUCACGACCGACAGGCAGAGAGCAGGGAAAGCGAGUAGAGUAUACACCAGCUACAGAAUGGCAUGCACCGCGAGUGAGGAGUACUGAUAGGGUUUUUGACUGCAUAACUUUGCUUUACAAGGUAGCGGAGAGAAACAGAGUAUGGUUGGAGACGCGGUGUAUGUCGGCACUGACGGGUUGACCUCGCGGCGAAGAGAAGAGAUCGAGCUUUAUGAAGAGCCUUUGACGUCUUCAACAGCAAAAGAUCCCGAGGAACUUGAGUCUGAUUUAAUGAUCUACGAGUCAAAUAACUCUACGCUUUGUAUUUCUGUCGCUAGGACGACUGUCAACAAUCGCGCCCUGUCUUCGAAAGACCCUGCGUCGCGCGCGGAAAUGCGUCUCACUCCUCCGCCUUCGUCUUCACCAACCCACUCAUCUGCUCGAAAACGACGACCUCAGACGGCGCGCUCAUCAGCACCUUAUAUUCGAAUUUUUCAGAUCCACCCAUACCACGAGUCGUCCUUCCUGGCUUCGUCGGUUUUGACAAUCACCCCGAUCAAAGCGAUUCCAUGCGACUGUAUGAUUCCGGUCUCGCUGCUUUUCCCAGCCGGCGCGACUUCUGUAUCCUCUUCACCAUCAACAUCGUCAACAUCGGCAGCAAAAUCGUCAGCAAUCCCAGGCGCUCCUGGCGCAUCGCGCGCAUUCUCGAUGGUAUACCCAGAUCUGGAAGAGAUGAUUUUAUUUGUAAAGAUAGAGGAAGAGAAAGCACUUGCCGUGGUCGAGUACUUGGACGAGGACGUCUAUAUGCUCACGCACCUGCCCGCGCACGUCAAGAUCAAAGAUAUUCGAGCGCUUCCGACCACGCCCGCGCUGUCGUCACCAGGUGUCCGGAGGCGGCCUCGACUGAUGAGAGGGUUUCCACCACCGCUGCUGAGCAGUGAGGACACGCAUAUUGACGACCGUCGCGAGUGCGCGAAUGGGUUCGAGAGUGUCUGGCGAGACGUUGAUUUGACGCGGCAGGUAGUCAGUGAUAUGAAGAACGGCGUGCGGAAUACGCCGUUGACUCUCAAUUUCUCUAUGAAGCCGCCAACUUUGGCGGCUGCCAACGAUACUAUGAGCUCUACCCCAAUCACUCCAAAAUCAAAGACUAUGAACACAGCUGUGAAUACCACCCCUGCAACCCCGCUUGCUCUGCGCCCACGAGACGGAACUGACUCUCCACAGCAGCAACCACCAAAGACUGCGCACGAGGCACUCAAACACUUCCAGACUCUCUACUUUGAAGCUCUAUACGUGUCGAGAUCGCCGCUGACGUUCUUCACAAAACUCACGCUGCAGAGAUUUCGCUCGCUCUGCGCAGGCAGCGAGAUGAAGCACACUGACGUUUUGAAUAAGAUGAUUCUCUCGGUCGGCGAGUUUGACGUCAAGUAUAAAUCUGGACUGCCGAACAUUCUUCUUGAAUUUGAAGGUCUGUACGGCAAUGACGAGAUCGACGUGAUCGGCGGCCUGCCUAUGUUCUCGUCGGGCGAUGGUCGAGCAAAGAGAGGGAAAGGCCGUGUGCAGGUGCCUGAGAAUGUGCAGAUGUCUGUUGUGGGGCUGGGGUCGCUUGAUUUGGAGAAGAUGUAUAUUCAGCGAUGGUGGAAUGCUGAGGAGCAAGUUCGAAAGAUGAAGGGUCGGCAGAAGAAGAUUAAUGAGAUCAAGGAGCGAGAAACAAAGCUGCAAAUCAUUUUGCUAUUGGAAAUCCUCGCCGCCGCCAAAGACGACCAAGCACAUACAUCAUCCCCAUCCUCCUCACAACACGCACAAUCACAAUCACCAGAGGAGUUGACAAAGUUCACACUACUGCUAGACGUGCUCUUUGAUCGAUUGCUGAUCUGGCAAGCAGUCUCCAGUUUCGACUUCAUCAUCCAAUCUGCGGAUAACGAGAGCAAAACCGGCGGCGUGCGCGAGUUUGCGGUGUCGGUUGUGCUGCCUUUCUACGGAGCGAAACUUCCUAAAGAAACUGAAAAGAUGCUUCGCAAGAGUGGAGGCAGCGAUGGCCAUCAUUCUACUCAGAAGAAAGAAUUACCAGUCUUGUCAUCAUCAACGACGACGACGAUCAAGACAGAGUUUGCCUCGCUUCCGAGGUCACCAUCCAGAGCGCCGAGAGCGGUAGCAAAACGAAGCCAAUCAGCGACGCAUUCGUCAUCGCCGACGUUACCGUAUGCGUUGCCGAUUGCGCGCAAGUCCGCUUCUACAUCGUCUUCAUCUUCGCUGCUUCAGUUCUCAACAGAGACAAGGACAUUAUCAAACAGCAGCGGCAGUAAACGGAAAGGAAUCCCGGUGCGCGGGGGAUUGAUGGCGACCGUCAACCGGUUUUCCAAAAACACGGGUCGCAGACCUCUGGAGAUCAUCACGGGGCCGGUGAGACCGACUGUUACUAUUCUGCCGACUGCGAGAAAGAUGAAGCCGCUGCUGCAGGCGCGAGGGAAGGAGAACCGCGAUGUGCGGACGCCUGUGGUCGGUAAUGCGGCGAAGCCUGUGGACGAGCGGAGGCCGGUUUUGGCGCUUCCUGAGCCAGCCUCAGUUUUAGAGAGCAGUCGAGCCGAAGAGAGGGUUGUUGAGAAGCGCGUGGAGCCGCCUGAGGUGUCUGAAUUGCCGGAUGGCGGGUCGCAAAAGACGUGCAGCGGCAUACCAGCGUACUUGCAAAAGUUUUCGAUCCAGGUACGUUUGACAUCUGUCCGAUCGAGUAGAAUGAUACUAACAGUUCACGUCAUACAGCCAUGUCAGAGUAACGGACUAUCCAGCAAAUUGACAAUGACACCCAUCAAGGUCGUGUCUAGGGAUAUGAUUCCGAUCUCGCUGCUCCUGCUGUCUACAUUCAGCGGCGAGAAGUCUAGUUCGCGGGCGUUUUCGACGACCGGAUUCAAAGGACUGCGCAAUUCCGAGGUUUUGUUCGUAAAGAUCGAGGAUGAAAAGCGGCUGGGAGCGAUAGAGUAUGUGCAAGAGAACGUGUACAUGCUGACGAAACUUCCCGAGACGGUGAAGAUGAAGAUGCUACGAACGCUUCCGAUGGCGGCGGGAGGGGUUGGUGCAGAGCAGGUAGGAUGCGAGGCCGAGAUGGUGCAGAGUGACUUUGAAGGGUUCUGGAGGCGACUUGCGCGGCCGGUGCCGAGUUCUACGGGCGAACACCACGCGCUGUAUAACUCGUUCAGUAUGGCUCCGCCGCGGACAUCAGAGAUGAAGGAGGAGAAACAGAUCAGGACAGAGACGGCUGUGAGGCCGGUGGAGGUGCCUGAGAGCUGCAGUCUUGAGAUGUCAAUGGAGGAGUUGACGCGGAGUAUGAAGAGGGCUUACUACGAGGCGCUCUAUCUUUCUCGGUCGGCUUUGACGUUUUUCACAAAGCUCGGGCUGACGAGGUUUCGACGACAGUGCGGGGAGGAUUCAGGGAGGAUCAUCAAAGUGCUGUCGCAGAUCGUGAUGACGGUCGGGGCGAGCGAUGAAAAGUACCGGCGGGGAUUGAGGGAGAGGCUGGGACGGUUGCAUGAGGAGUAUGAUGGCGAGGAGGUGGCUGGGAUGGGGGUUGAGGAAGAGGAAGAGGGCGGGGAGGAGGAGGAAAAGUAUAUCAGAAGAUGGUGGGACCAGGAUGAGGAGGUACGGAAACCAAAGCUGUGGAAUCGGAAGAUUGACGAAAUUAAGCGACGAGAGACAAAGAUGCAGAUCAUACUUGCGCUGGAGAUUCUAGCGCAGGAUCGGGAGCGAAGAAGGGCUGAGGAGGAAAAGUCUACGGAAGGAAGCAGUGUGCAAGAGGAAAGAGGGCACGAGAACGAGGAGACCAAGAACCUGAGGACGUUAGUAGAAGUUCUACUGGAUCGACUGUACAUAUGGCAGAUGGUUUCCGAUGUGGAGUCUAUCAUCGUAGCGGCAGCGGAAGGCGCGGGUCGGGAGAAGACGGAUGAGGUGCGAGAGUUUUGCUUGCAGGUCGUGGUUCCAUAUUUCGGAGCGCGGCUGGCAGAGGAGAUCGGGGGGCUAGUGGAGAGGUGCGGCGGGGGGCGGAGGAGAGAGAGGAAGGAGAAGAGGGAGAAAAAGGAGGAGAAGAAAGAGAGCACGAGAGCGCGAACAAAGAAGCCGAGGGAGCCGCGGCCGCAGCUGGUGCGGAAGAACUCGUCAGCGGUGAGGGGAGGUCUGCAGGUGAGCAGUCAGGCGCUGGAGCGACGGCAGGUCGAGCUCGGGGUUCGUUGAAGUGCGGGAGGAGUUUGUGUUGAUGGUUCCGUAUGUGGAAGUAUUGAAGAGAAGACGAGAAAAAAAGACAUGUGACGUGGAGCAUGCGGAUCAGUGCCGGGCCCUCUUUGCGCGGAGGUGGUGUUUCUGGCUGCUGAUACAGCGAUUCCACUUGCAUCUGUUCUACUAUCGUGAACAUCUACAACAUCUAUGAAUAUUCACAAUACUCUCAGCAGCGAGCGCUUUCCUGAAACUGCCCUCGGACGCGGGACUUUCUUCCAGGAACAACGAAACCAGGCACCGCCACGCCCGCGAUCCACAUGACGUAGGCCCGUGCCACGGAUUGUGGCGGUGCGCAUCGCCGGCCCGCAGAGUAUCUAAAGUGCUCCACCGCCCGCCUCCUCCUUCCGUCCU